AUGACUGCUACGGCUGAUGCUGAUGGUGACAAGGGAAUGACUGCUGCUGACCAUAGAGUGACUGCUGCUGCUGGGAAUCCCUCGGAUAGUGGCCAUGUAAUGACUGAUGCUGAUGGUGUGGAUGUUCCAAGCACAGGUGACCAGAUUGUGUGUGGUACCGAUUUUGUGAAUGUGAAUAAGAAGACAAAGAAGGCAAAUGAAGGAGAUGAUGAGGAGGAGGUGGAGACGAGUGACGGGCAUGACAGUAGUGAGGGUGAUGUUGACGAUGCCAACCAGCACAGUGCCGACCAUUCCAAGACUGAUGCUGAUGGUGAGCAGAAACAGGCAAGGGCCAAGACUGAAGUGAAACAGGCAAGGGUGACAGAUGAGGAGAAAAACGGCCAGCCCCUGAUCAGUGUUGUGGGUAGUGCGGAGGAUGACACCAAGGGUGAUGCCAGUGUGCAUGGCACACGUACAGGUGACCAGGAUGAGGAGGACCAGGAUGGUACGGAUGAGACAAAGACCGGCGAUAAGACAGGUAGGGAUGAGCAUGAGGGUAGUGAGACAAAGACUGGCGAUGAGACAGAUGAGGACAGUAGUGAGACAGAUCAUGAGAAGGAGAAUCAGAAAUGUGACAAUGUGGAGGAUACAGAUGAUAAGAAGCACCAGCAAGGAGCUGAGAUCAAGAGGUUGAACUGUAAGCUGCAGAAGGAGAUAACAGCUUAG